UAUGUAUUGGUAUCCAAUAUUUUUAGCACACUUCGUAAUACAAUUUACUGCUGCUUUAUGUCGGCACUUCACUUGGCAUUCCAUUUUCUAAACUUGACAAUAGUCUAGCCUUAUCUUAUUUUAUAAGAAAUGAAAAGGAUAGAUAGAUGUCAAAUUUACAAAUAAGUAACCAAGUGAAGUGCUGGCAUUAGAAAAUCAACAAUAACAACAAAACGUCGACAACGACUACUUUUUGAAUCAAAAAUAUAAACACAUUUUUGGAUUGCGGUGUUUAGUUCAAACUUUACUGAAUUAUAUAAUAAGCAAUAUGGAUAAUUCAUUUUUUGAAUAUCGCGAUGCAACAGCAGUUGAUGAAGAUGAAGAUUCUAAUUCGGAAAUUAUCGACGAUAGUUUAGUUGAAGAUUCUUUCGUGCUUCAGAAGAAGACAGUUGUUAAAAAUCACACUGUUUUUGUUGCAGAAUCUGAUAAUUCUGGAGAAGAUGAAACGGACGAUGAUCAAACUGGAACUGACUCAAGAAACACUACUAAAAAUGUGGUUAAGAAGAGCAAUGCUGCUGCAGCACAUUUAAUUUUAAGUAGUGAUGAUGAUUCUAGUAAAAGGGGGAGCAUCAGAAGACAGUCUGAAACAUCUGACAAAAAAUUUGUAUUAAGUUCUUCUGAAGAUGAUGAUGAUGAAGGUGAAUGGUCUCCGGAAAUUGUACCAAGGAAGCGUCCACCUAAAUUUAAACCAACAGACGCAAUUCCGAAAUCAGUCAGUCAGCUGCGAUCAAAGAAACGCAUGAUUAUAGACUCUGAUACAGAUAAUUCAAUUCUCUUAGAGCAUGAUAAGAAUCGUAAAGUUACCUGUUUGAAAGAUACUCCAUUAAAAAUAGAUGGUGGUAAAAGGGUAAAUCAAUUAAGUGAUGGCGAUGAUAGUAAUAGUGAUGAAAGUGAUAAGGAGAGUGAAGAAGGUGAUGACUUAAGUGAAAGUGGGGAAGUUGCCACAACUGAGGAGGAUGCUAAAAGUGAUAGAGGAUCUAUAAGUAAUAAGCAUUCCAAAUCUGACGAAGACAAUGACGUUCUUAAUGAGGAUGAAGACGAUGGUCCCAAUGAGGAUGAAGACGAUGAUCCCAAUGAGGAUGAAGACGAUGGUCCCGAUGAGGAUCAAAUGGUGAUGUCGCGGGCGACACGGAUGAGUAUUAUGGGUGUGAUACCCAAGGACAAUGACAGUGACGAGUCAGACUUUAUACAGUCGGAUGAAAGUAAACCAAAUUCACAUGCUGGUUCAACAUGUAGCCUCAAUGAUUUGCCUGAUGUUUCCGUUGCUAUUAAUAAAACUGUUUCUAAACCUGAUACAUCAGAGCAAGACAUAUCUGGGAUCACAUGCUCACCAUUCUCUAGUCCUCUGAAGGACAUCACUAACGAACUAAAUAGUUCCAAAACUCAAAAACAGUCAAAGUCCAAGGAUAGGCAACAUAUACCUGUUAUAGAUUUAAGUAUUAAUCUAAAUAACUCAAGGUCUCUUAUAACCAAUAAGGUACAUGACAAAAAAUCUAUUAUCAUUAAUGAUGACAAUGACGAUGAUGUUACUAUUAUAGAUAGUAAACCAGAAAUUAUAGAUUUAAGUAGCGGUGAUGAAGAUGAGGUGAAAGUAACCAAAAAGUCGCCUAGUGUGAAGAAAUCUCCGAAACAUUCCUCAAAAGUCAAGAAUGAGAUUGACGAUGACAUUUCCGAAGUGCCUUUAAGUAAGGAUGGCACCAUCCGUCAAUACUUGGCGCCGCCCAGCUACCCCAACCAAGUGGUCUAUGUCAAGAAGAAUGUCAGGGAGACCGAGUUGAGGAAACUCAAUGGGCUGCAGGAGGAUUUGCUCAACAUCCGGAAUUUGCUAGAAAACAUGGACGUGAGCACUUUACCGGACGGCGGGGUACGCCUGAUAGAAAGGCUUACAACACUGGAGGCAGAAGUACGACGCCAGGGGGACAAGGUCGCCAACAUGGUGGUGCAACCAGAUCAACCAACUGCAGAGGAUAUCGCAGCCAAAGGCAUGUCAUGGGACGACAUCCAGAAAGCCAGCAAUUCAGUGCAGCCUCGAAUGUUCGGCAAGCAAGCUAUGGCGACGCAUAUGGCGGAACGGAACAUGAUAUUGGAGCGGUUACGCGAUCUCCACGAGUCGUUAGCGUCUCGGCCUCCGGAGAGCCAGCUGGCGACUGCACCUAUCGCGUUGACCAGCGAGUUGAUGCCGCACCAGAAGCACGCGCUCGCCUGGCUGCGGUGGAGGGAGACGCAGCGACCAUGCGGCGGGAUAUUAGCUGACGACAUGGGUCUAGGCAAAACGAUCACCAUGAUAGCCCUGCUGAUGACGGACAAGGAGGAUCGGAUCGACCAUGAUGAUGAUGAUGAUGAUGACGACGAUGAAGACAGAAACGUGAAGAGCAGCGCUAAAACGGUCCGCGGCGGAACGCUGGUAGUUUGCCCCGCAUCGCUGAUGCAGCAGUGGUCGGCAGAAGUGACCAAGCACUGUAAGCCCCACAGUGCCCUGGUUUGCUUGCACCACGGUGCGGCCAGAGCUCAGCAGCCUCACCGAUUAGCCGCCAACGAUUUGGUCGUCACCACCUAUAAUAUUCUGCAGCGAGACCACGAUCAGAACGGCGUUUUGAUGCGCGUGCGCUGGCGUCGCGUGAUACUGGAUGAAGCGCACAUCGUCCGCAACCAUAAGUCCGCCACCUCACUGGGCGUGGCCGCACUGAAGGCCAAACGACGAUGGUGCCUCACUGGCACGCCAGUGCAGAACAAGGAUCUGGAUCUGUUCGCAUUGGUUAAAUUUCUUCGAGUCACACCCUUCACAGAAUUACAGAUGUGGAAGAAAUGGAUCGACAACAAGAGUCAGGGAGGGCAGGAGCGUUUAAGCACUAUAAUGCGCUGCAUCCUGCUGCGUAGAACCAAAGUGCAGCUGCAGCAGCGAGGACAGCUGGCCUGUCUACCCUCUAGAACUGCCCACCAGAAGCCUAUAUCCCUAGCCUCGCCUGAAAUGAACGUAUACCAGAAGGUGUUAGUGUUUUCGAAAACGCUGUUCGCUCAGUUUCUACACCAACGCGCAGAGAUGCAUGCGGACGCGGAAGGCUUUGUGCCACCAGAAAAGGAUACGGCAUAUGCCAAAAUGCACAAGAAAAUGAUCGCAUUGCAAGGUGUGAAGCCAGUGAAGUCCCAUGAGAUCCUUGUACUAUUACUUCGUCUCCGUCAAGUGUGCUGCCACUGCGGCCUCGUGGCUUCCAUGCUGGACCCUGAAGACUCCCGUGAAGUGACCGAAGACCCCGCUGGCCAGGAUCUACUAGCUGAGCUGAAUAAGCUGACGCUAGAAGAGUCCAGCAAUAGGAGGAAGAGUGACAAAAAAGAGGAAGAGGAGACCGAAGCCCCCGAGGAAGGCACCAGCGUGGCGGAGGCCAUCAGGUCUGUCCUGUCUCCAAACAACCCCGUGUUCGACCUCGCCAGACCCUCGUCCAAAAUAGCGGCGGUCAUGGAAUGCCUCAAAAACGAUGUUUUCGCCAAGGGCCACAAAGCAGUAGUAGUCUCUCAAUGGACGUCAGUACUGAAGCUGGUGGAGGAACAGUUGCGUAAGAUGCGCGUGCGAUUCGUAUCUCUCACUGGGAGUGUUCCGGUUACCGCAAGACCGCCGCUUAUCGCCGCGCUUAAUGAUAACAAAUCCGAUGUGCGGGUCAUGCUCCUAUCACUAUGCGCCGGCGGCGUAGGUUUGAACUUAUGCGGUGCCAAUCAUCUGCUACUGCUGGAUCCACAUUGGAAUCCGCAGCUGGAACAACAGGCGCAGGACCGCAUCUACCGCGUGGGUCAGAAGAAUCCCGUACACAUAUACAGGUUCAUGUGCGUGGACACGGUAGAGCAGAGUAUACGUAAGUUACAGGAUGCCAAGCUCGAGCUGGCGGACAACGUGCUCACUGGCGCGCGACACACCAGCGCCUCCAAACUAUCCAUAGAGGAUCUCAAGCUGCUCUUCAAUAUGGGACAAUGAUCGAACUUAUACAUAAAUAGUGAUGAUAGUGUUAUACAUAAAAAAAUGUUUUCCUACAACGUUGACUAAUCGAAUGUAUUCAACUGUACAUCUUAGUGUCGCCGCACUCGGGCCACCGACCACAACCACAAAACGCCGCCACCGGCAUAUUUCUUGUAGUUUUCAUACAUUUUAUAUGGACUCGCCACACACGGUACGCCGGUGGCCGCCACACGCUACAAAUCGUCGUUGCUCGCUUCUUGUGGCCCGCGCCGGCCACUUAAUGCGCCGAUACAAAACGCCGCCACACGUCACUCGCGCGAUUCCCCACCCUCUCCCUUACCUUGGUCGGCCGCUGUCGCGCGCUUCAGCCACUUUAGUAGCCGCUUCUAGCUUCUCGCGGCGGCGUUUGUGGCUGUGGCGUGUGGCCCGUGUGCGGCGACACUUAGUGUCCAAUUACAAGCGACAGUUUAUUUACACUAUGCUACACACUUUUCCAGGUGUGUGAAAUAAAGAUUAUUCAUUUGUUUCUGCAUAUUGUUU